CAAUUGCAUUUGUUGACAAUAACAAAAAUUUUCUAAUGGCUGCGGAAAUGAACAAUGUGGCUCAGGACUAUGCCAAGAUCAUACAGAGUGCCGAUCUGGACAGAGAGAUCAAUCCGCUGUGCACGAACAUCGACGAUAUGCUCGCCCGUCUCGACGAGUUCGAGACACUCCUUUCAUCCGUGCGUGCCGAGUCAAAUGGCAUCAUGGCCAACCAUGUGUGCAGCAUUCUCAGCUUCAGCGACAAUUUCGACGAGUUGCGAACCCGCAUCGACAAUCUGGAAAAGUUUGUGGGCGCAGUAAGUGCGAAUCUCAAUGAUGUGGAACGCUCUGUGGACGUGGCGGAGCAGGAGCUAAAUGUAACGGACUACAGCCUGAAGGGACUGCUGUUCAAGCCCCUCAAAGCCAAGUUGACUGCCACAGAUCCAGCCAACGCUCAGUCCCAGCCCCGCACGAAUCUCAUUUCCGGGGAAUUCCAGCCGGUUGCCAUCUACAGCUCCGACGAGUACUUCGGUGCCGCUGCCACACCAGAGGAGCCCCAAGUGGCGUGAGCCCACCCGUUAAAUAUUUAGUGUUUCAUUAGCAAAAGUCGUUUAUGUAAGUGUGUAAAUAUUUUUUGUUUAUUUUUCAA